AUGAGCGCUGAAGGCGAUACCUCUGCAGGGUUCCUGCGCGAUGUCUGGCAAGGCGUUGCCGACCAUCCUCGCGCCGUCAUUGCCACAGCGGCCCUUGGGCUAGUUGUUCUCUUCGCAGCUGACACGUUGCGCACUUGGUACCGACUAUCACAUGUUCCUGGUCCGUUUUGGGCGGGGUUCUCCAAAGCUUGGAUGGUGAGACAAUCCUUCAAGGGAAUUCAGCCUUAUGCGAUUCAACAAGCCAAUGAGAAAUACGGAUCUCUCGUGCGCAUUGGGCCAAAUGAGCUGGCCACGGAUGAUCCCAAGCUGCUCAAGCGCAUGAUGUCAAGUCGCUCGGCUUAUACAAGAGGACCUUGGUAUAAUGCUCUUCGUUUCGAGCCUGGAAAGGAUAACCUCUUCUCCAUGAGAGAUGAUGACGCCCAUGCAAAGCUGCGCAACAAGAUGGCCGCUGGUUACUCUGGUAAAGAAAAUGAGUCUCUCGAGCGCACCAUCGAUGAACAUAUCGCCAAACUCAUCAGCCUAUUGGAAACAAAGUAUCUCUCAACAAAGGAAGACUACCGCCCAGUGGACUUUGCGCAAAAGAUUCAGUUCUUCACUCUAGAUGUCAUCAGUGAUCUUGCCUUCGGUCAGCCCUUCGGAUACAUUGAGCAAGAUGAUGACGUCUUUGAUUUUAUCAAGAUCACAAAGUCCUACUUCCCAGUAACCUUGUUCAUUGCCAAUAUCCCGUCGCUAGUGUCCUUACUGCAUUCACGACUGUUCAGUGGUGCGUUGCCGAAGGAGAGUGAUAAACUUGGCUUUGGUGCUUUCAUCGGCGUCGCAAACAAGAAGGUUGCGGAACGAUUUGCGCCAGGUGCCGAGUCGCGUCCAGACAUGCUUGGAUCUUUCAUCCGUCACGGAUUAACACAAGAAGAAGCUUCUAGGGAAUCUCUUCUCAACGUCGUCGCUGGAAGUGACACCUCAGCAACUACGAUCCGCCUCAUCAUGCUCAGCCUCCUAAGCAAUCCAAUCAUGUAUCUCAAACUUCGAAACGAAAUCGACGCUGCAAUCAAGGCCGGAAGUAUCUCAUCUCCGAUAACCGAUGCUGAAGCAAGAAAACUCCCUUAUCUUCAAGCCGUCAUCCAAGAAGGUCUGAGGAUCAAAGCCCCAGCAGCUGGGCCACUGUUCAAGCAGGUUCCUCCUCAAGGCGAUGAGAUCGACGGAAAGUUCAUUCCUGGAGGUACACAGAUCGGACAGUCGCCAUUUGCUGUUUAUCACUCCAAGGAGAUCUUUGGUCAAGAUGCAAGUCUCUUUUCACCUGAGCGAUGGAUCAAUGCGGAUCCUGCGAAAUACGAAGCUAUGGCUGAGGUUGUCAGUCUUGUGUUCUCGACCGGAAAGUAUCAGUGUCUGGGCAAACCGGUGGCAUUUAUUGAGCUGAACAAGAUCUUUGUUGAGUUGUUGCGACGAUUUGACUUUUGUAUGGCUCGACCUGAAAGACCUCUUCAUAUCAUGAACGCUGGAAUUUGGCUGAUUGAAGACUUCCCUGUUCGCAUCACACGACGAGAAGUCUAA